AUGAGUUAUCAACAGUCGGACAUGUAUCACGACCCCUCCGCGCGUUCCCCUGGCUCUCAACGGCACCAACAACCUCUCCACCGCCAGCACUCCCGCCAGUUUGACGCGUACGGCCCCAUGCCUGUUAAUCUUUAUGAGGACCAGAUGGCUCGCUACGAGUCCGCCCGGCUCGAGCGCUUGAAUCCCGCCCUGCAGCAGCAGCAGCAACAACAACAGCAGCAACAGCCGCCACCACCGCAGAAUAACGCCUACGCCUAUGAUCUGUCCGGCUCCCAGACCUGGAACCCAAAUGGCUUCGCCAACGCCCAGACCCUGGGAGGUAUUCGGUCGGCCUCGGCCAGCCUGAAGCCGUCCGCUCGCGGACGCACUGGCUUACCGACGACCUGGCUCGAUCAGCAACCCGGAAUGCCUAACGCUUUUUCGAAUCUGGGCCCUGGUCCGAUCCAGAGCAGUGCCAUGCGACCGGAAGCCUCGGCAUCCUCGGAGGGCGAUGAUGAACUUAUCCCAACCGCGAUCGUCAUCAAAAAUAUCCCGUUCGCCGUCAAGAAGGAGCAGCUGGUCCAACUGAUGACGGAGCUGAACCUGCCUCUGCCCUACGCGUUCAACUAUCACUUCGAUAACGGUGUCUUCCGAGGACUGGCCUUUGCCAACUUCACCUCAGCCGAGGAGACCGCGACGGUGAUCGAGGUUCUGAACCACUUUGAACUGCAAGGUCGCAAGCUGCGGGUGGAGUACAAGAAGAUGCUCCCCUUACAAGAGCGGGAACGCAUCGAGCGGGAGAAGCGGGAGCGUCGUGGCCAGUUGGAGGAACAACAUCGACCCAUGGCGUCUUCACAGCUCCAGACCCAGAGCUCCAUGUCUUCCCUCACCUCGCACAUCCCGGCGACAUCGCCCUCACCGGUUUCACAGCGCGGCCAGAAACUGGGUAAGUCGAUCAGGCCCUUCCCAACGCCCGAAGGGGACCUGGUUGCUCAUCAUCCCCACGAACCUGUAGAAGUCGACUUGAACGACAGCCAGACUCUUUCUUACUACUCGCAACUUCUCCUGUUCAAGGAAGACACCGCUCGUGAUUCCGUCAUCUUCCCGCCCAACCUUACCCCGUCCCAGCGACGCACGGUUCACACCCUGGCCCACAACAUGGGGCUCGCCCAUGCCUCCCGCGGGAAUGGCGAUCAGCGUCAGGUUCAGGUCUUCAAGGUCGCGGCAGGCACCAACGUGAGUCCGCCACUGUCGUCCAUCCCCCCGGCAGUCCAAUCGGCGGACAGUGCUCGCCGUGGCUUGAACCGCGCGGCGACCAUUGAUUUCAGCGAGGCCCGCAACGAAGGGGGUCCCGGCGCGUUCAACACUUUGCGGGGCCAGACCUCGAGCUUCCUUGGGGUUCUGGACUCCCCCGGCAAUUAUGCCAACACCCAGAACCUGCGGGCCGCCAAGUCUUUCGCCGAUCUGCGCUCGUACACUCCGUCCCCGGUUCCGUCCUCUGCCAGCUUUCCAGCCGCCCUGCAGUCUAAUGGCACCCGUCUUCAGUACGAGGGUGCUCCGACCGGUACCUCGAACACCCCGACCCUGACGUCGGCGCCUUCCGGCUCAUCCCUUGGUAUGCAACGUGAUGAUAAUCUGCUGGUCAACAGCCUUGGUGGUCUGUCUCUUGGUACGGGCAUUGGCGGCCCGAACGCGAGCCCUCGGCGAUUGCGCGGUAUGUUCUCUUGGGAGCAGGACACCCAGCCCUCGUCGGCCGGUGCCAUUGGAAGUAACCGCGGUAUGGGAGUGGGACUUGACAGUACCCAGCCCGAGCGCAUGCCGAUCAGACAGCCCCGUGGGCCAACCCCCGAGAAGGGUCCCGGCUUUCGCCGUCAAAACGGACACCAGCCCCGUGGCAGUGAUGAACUUCGUACCAGCUCAGGCGUUGAGAUCAUCGUGGAGUAG